AGUUGCCUGGGAAACACCUCUCCCGCAGUUAUGGAGAAAACUACAGAUGUACUUCUUCUCACUAUGAAUUCUUCAGAGAAGCAAGAGACUGUAUGUAUUUUUGGAACUGGAGAUUUUGGACAAUCACUGGGACUUGAAAUGCUCCAAUGUGGUUAUUCUAUUGUUUUUGGAAGUCGAAACCCCCAGAUGUCCAGUCUGCUGCCCAACGGUGCAGAGGUCCUGAGCUACUCAGAAGCGGCCCAGAAAUCUGACAUUAUAAUCAUAGCAAUCCACAGGGAACAUUACAAUUUUCUCACAGAAUUAACUGAGGUUCUCAAUGGGAAAAUACUGGUCGACGUCAGCAACAACCUCAAAAUCAAGCAGUAUCCGCAAUCGAAUGCAGAGUACCUUGCUCAGUUGGUGCCAGGAGCCCACGUGGUAAAAGCAUUUAACACCAUCUCAGCCUGGGCUCUCCAGUCAAGGGCACUGGAUGCAAGUCGGCAGGUGUUUGUCUGCGGAAAUGACAGCAAAGCCAAGCAAAGAGUAAUGGAAAUUGUUCGUAGUCUUGGACUUACUCCAUUGGAUAAAGGAUCUCUCAUGGCAGCCAAUGAAAUUGAAAACUACCCACUGCAACUAUUUCCAAUGUGGAAGUUCCCCUUCUAUUUGUCUGCUGUUCUGUGUGUAUUCUUCUUUUUCUACUGUGUAAUAAGAGAAGUAAUCUACCCUUAUGUUUAUGAAAAAAAAGAUAGGACAUUCCACCUGGCUAUUUCUAUUCCAAAUCGUGUCUUUCCAAUAGCAGCACUUACACUGCUGGCCUUGGUUUACCUCCCUGGCGUUAUUGCGGCCAUCCUGCAGCUGUACCGAGGUACAAAAUACCGCCGAUUCCCAGACUGGCUUGACCACUGGAUGCUUUGCAGAAAGCAGCUUGGCUUGACAGCACUGGGAUUUGCCUUCCUUCAUGUCCUCUACACACUUGUGAUCCCUAUUCGUUAUUAUGUACGAUGGACAUUGACCAACAGAACCAUUGCCCAGGCAAUAGCCAAGAAAGAAAGUCCAUUUAGUACCUCUACUGCCUGGCUCAGCGAUUCAUAUAUCGCUAUGGGAAUGCUUGGAUUUUUCCUGUUUGUACUCCUGGGAAUCACUUCCUUGCCAUCAGUUAGCAACAUGGUCAACUGGAGAGAGUUCCGAUUUGUCCAGUCCAAACUGGGUUAUUUGACCCUGAUCUUGUGCACAGCCCACACCUUGGUGUACGGUGGAAAGAGAUUCCUCAGUCCUUCAAGCCUCGUCUGGUAUCUUCCUUCAGCCUACGUGAUAGCACUGAUCAUCCCUUGCACGGUGCUGGUGAUCAAGUUCAUCCUCAUCCUGCCAUGUAUAGACAAGACCCUUACACGGAUCCGCGAGGGCUGGGAAAGGAACCCGAAAUUCUCAGAAUCAGCAUUGAAUGGAAAAACAGAUAUUUAAAGCAAAGUUCAAUUCACCUGGACUUUUUAACUAUGGUGUUGUAUGUUUAGAGAAUAAUAAUGGGUGCAGUGAAGAAAGCGUUUUUCUCCCACCACGGGCUGAAGCUUGUGAACAGAGAAAGAAAUCAUACCUGACUUUGAGAAAUGGACACC